AUGCACAAUACGAAAUUUGUUAGAGUUGGAAUAGAACAGCGAGUAUAUGGAAUACGAGCGAAUGACACAACAAAUCUUGGUAUGACAUUCGCAGGGAAAUUAUCGACUAAUGGAAACUGUGAAGGAUCACAUUACAAUGACCCAUAUGGAAAUUGGGAAGAAGUAGUAGUUGAAGGAUCUUUAGAAGUACACAUACAUGAUUAUUAUGCUGAGGUCGACUUGGAUAAUAAUAAAAUAAGAUUACGGUCAGGUACUACAUGUGGUUUCACCGAAGAAAACGGUGGAAGCAAAGGAAUAGAAGUAUCAGGAACACAGAGAAGAAGAAAGCUUGAAAACUCAGGGGACCCUUUCGAGUUCACGAAUCCACAACCGCUUUCUUAUUGGACAUGUGUUUAUUUUUUAAUUGUAACAAUGUCUACGGUAGGAUACGGCGAUGUUUUCUGCAAUACCGUUCUUGGCCGCACAUUCCUAGUAUUUUUUCUACUCGUCGGUUUGGCCAUUUUUGCUAGUAGCAUUCCUGAGAUAAUAGAGCUCGUAGGCAGUAGGUCCAAGUACAGCGGCGAAUACAAGCGGGAACAUGGAAAGAGACACAUUGUUGUGUGCGGCCACAUCACCUACGAGUCUGUUUCACACUUCCUCAAGGAUUUUUUACACGAAGAUCGUGAAGAUGUCGAUGUUGAGGUCGUCUUUUUACAUAGGAAGCCACCAGAUCUCGAGUUGGAGGGGCUAUUCAAACGGCACUUUACUACAGUGGAGUUCUUUCAGGGCACAAUUAUGAACCCUAUUGAUCUGCAACGAGUCAAGGUACAUGAAGCAGACGCAUGUUUGGUCCUUGCUAAUAAAUACUGUCAAGAUCCGGAUGCUGAAGAUGCUGCCAAUAUUAUGAGAGUAAUCUCCAUAAAAAAUUAUUCGGACGAUAUUCGUGUUAUUAUUCAAUUGAUGCAGUACCACAAUAAGGCCUAUCUCUUAAAUAUUCCAUCAUGGGACUGGAAACAAGGUGACGACGUGAUCUGCUUAGCGGAACUUAAGUUGGGUUUUAUUGCUCAAUCAUGUUUGGCGCCAGGAUUCAGUACAAUGAUGGCCAACUUAUUUGCUAUGCGAUCUUUCAAGACGGCUUGGCAGAAUGACUAUCUUCGUGGAACUGGAAUGGAGAUGUACACCGAGACCCUGAGUCCUACCUUCAUUGGAAUGCCUUUUGCCAAAGCUACUGAAUUAUGCUUCACGAAAUUGAAGCUUCUACUUUUGGCUAUUGAAAUCAAGGGAGAAGGUGGUGCAGACAGCAAAAUUUCGAUAAAUCCACGAGGUGCCAAGAUUACAGCUAAUACUCAGGGAUUUUUCAUUGCUCAAUCAGCUGAUGAAGUUAAACGAGCAUGGUUUUACUGCAAAGCAUGCCACGAAGACAUCAAAGAUGAAACGCUCAUCAAGAAGUGCAAAUGCAAAAACUUGGCCACAUUCAGGAAGGGUGUUCGGGCCGUUCAAAUGGUCGGAAGAGCAAGUGAAGACUUCUCGUACUCAAACGACCAUCAUCCUCCUCCCACAUUUACUCCGCCAGAACUGCCCAAGAUGGUUCACGUGAGAGGUGAAAUUAGCCGGGAUCGAGAUGAUGCAAAUGUUAUAAGAAACCAUCGAAACUCUGUCGGAAUGACGAUGAUAAACUCCACGAAACAGGUGAACAAAGUAAAGCCGAAUGUAAACAGAACAACAAGCGACAAUUUGUCAAGUCCAAAUCAACCGUAUAAUCAGAGAUCGCAAGAGGAGUCUGCAUAUGCUGGUUAUCACCUCGCCUAUGAAGUUAAAAAACUCAUGCCAACAAGUAGAGCCUCCGGUGGCUCUAAUGUCAACAGUAAUGGUGGUCUUCAAGUAGGAAUAGCUGAUGAUCAAGCUAAGGAUUUCGACUUUGAAAAAACGGAGAUGAAGUAUGAUUCAACUGGAAUGUUUCACUGGAGUCCUGCCCGGAAUCUUGAAGAUUGUAUUCUCGACAGAAAUCAGGCAGCAAUGACGGUCUUGAAUGGACACGUGGUUGUUUGCUUAUUUGCUGAUCCCGAUUCACCUUUAAUCGGAUUGAGAAAUCUCGUUAUGCCAUUACGAGCUUCCAAUUUUCAUUACCACGAGCUUAAACAUGUAGUGAUAGUUGGAUCAGUUGAUUACAUACGUCGCGAGUGGAAGAUGCUGCAAAAUUUACCCAAGAUUUCAGUACUCAAUGGUUCACCGUUAAGCAGAGCAGACUUACGAGCUGUUAACGUGAAUCUCUGCGAUAUGUGUUGUAUUCUAUCAGCAAAAGUGCCUAGCAAUGAUGAUCCUACGCUUGCCGAUAAAGAAGCUAUUUUAGCGUCCCUCAAUAUCAAGGCUAUGACAUUCGAUGAUACGAUUGGAGUACUUAGCCAAGUUGGUAGCCCAAUAGUUUUACAGAGACGAGGAUCUGUUUACGGAGCUAAUGUACCGAUGAUAACAGAACUUGUUAACGAUAGCAACGUGCAAUUUCUCGAUCAGGAUGAUGACGAUGAUCCUGAUACAGAGCUCUACCUCACACAACCAUUUGCCUGUGGCACUGCCUUUGCUGUCAGCGUCCUUGACUCUUUGAUGUCAACGACUUACUUUAAUCAGAAUGCAUUGACUCUUAUACGUUCAUUGAUAACUGGAGGUGCAACGCCUGAAUUGGAAUUGAUUCUUGCUGAGGGUGCUGGACUAAGAGGAGGUUACAGUACGGCAGACAGUUUAGCAAAUCGAGAUCGUUGUAGAGUUGGGCAAAUCUCACUGUAUGAUGGGCCAUUGGCUCAAUAUGGUGAGGGAGGCAAGUACGGUGACCUGUUUGUCGCAGCGUUAAAGUCAUACGGAAUGUUGUGCAUUGGUCUGUACAGGUUUCGUGACACAAGCUCAUCAUGUGAUGCUUCGUCCAAACGUUAUGUGAUUACUAAUCCACCUGAUGAUUUUACUCUCUUACCUACAGACCAGGUUUUUGUACUGAUGCAGUUUGAUCCUGGUCUUGAAUACAGGCCUAGCAGAGGUGCUCGAGGAAAGGAUGACGCUUCCUGACUGUUGCUGUGUAGCGCCCUUACUGAUGGACCAUAUUCAUACAUCUAAACAGAUGUAGGGAUCCUAUUGUACCACGUCUAUCAUUUUUAAAAUGACUUUUACCUUCAUCAUACUUUGGAGAAAGAAUCUUCGAAUAAAUACGAUAGUCGUUUUCUUGAUCUGUUCUACAAAUAAAUUAAAAGAUAAUAGAUAAAUUGUAUAAUUUAUUGAGCCGAAGUUGAUGAAGACGAAAGAUAUCGAAAAUGAUGGAUUUGAAAUAUGUGGUAUAAUGGGACCAGGUCUGAGGGCCGCUACACGUUGCUAAUAGUCGAAUUGAUCAUAAAAUUUUAUCAGAAGAUAUACAAAAAAUUUUUGAUCAUAUGACUGUAUUAGAUUGCUCACUUUACUGAUAAGUUAAUACAGUAUAAACAAAAGUGUGCACUUCCAAGGCUCGAUCAACGUCCAAUGCGUCUACUGAAAAAUUCGUCACUGAUUGCUUCUGUAAUUAUAUCUAUUGUGGAUUCAUGUUAAAAGUAUCUACUACGCCUCGGUGAAUGUGUUUCUUGCUUGCAAAAAUAUAACUUGUGAUGAUUAAUAUUUAGUCUUCUAACGAAAGUGAUACAGAACAUCUAGAAAAAAAGUUUAUCAUCUCAACUGAUGUAUAUGGUGAUUAUAAUAGACUUUAUUAUAAAAUCUACAAUUUUUUCGACCACUGGGACGAUGUUAAAUGAAGAAUUAUCAUCAGAACUUUCAGUGGAUAAUUUUGAAAAUCAGUGAUAAAUAGUAAAAAUAAUAUUAAUAAUUAUGUAGAGACGAUGAUUUAUAACUUAAAAAAGCGAGUAGGAAUUCGAUAUAGACAAAAUGAGCGGGACUUAUUCAUAUAUUCUUACCUCGUGUGUCUUGUUUGCGACUGAAGAAAAUAAAAAUACAUAAAUCGAACUGUGAAUCGAGAACUUUGUACAAGUGUCUAUGACUUUGUAUUUAAUUCGUCAAAAAAUUAUUUAUAUACAAAUAUAUAAAUGCAUUGAAAUAUCGAGAAAACCCUUUUCCACCAUAACUUUAUGUAAGAAAUCGGUUAUAUAAUAAAUAGUACGUGUGCAGUGUAAGUGCAGGUACCACUAAAAAAUUAUACGUAUAAAUAGACACUCUCUCUUUUAUAUAUUUUUGUGAAACUCACGUGUAUAUAACGAUCGUAUAUAUAAUAUAUAAACUAGAUAUGUUAAUAAAUAAUUAUUAAUCAUACAGUAAACGUUCAUCAGCGUAAUUACAACAUUAAACACUUGCAUCCUCGAAAAGACUUUGUAAGCUCACAAUACAAUUUGUACUCAGACACAUACACUGCACAGAAAUAAUUUAAAGAUUUGAUUAUCAAGUGAUAAUAAAGUAUGAACCAGGAUAGCUAUUAAAAAUGAUCAGUCCCAGGCUUGCAUUCAAAUGUGAUGUACACAUGGGUAGUUAAUUGAUGUGAAGAUUUAUCAAUGACGUAACUGUUCUUCAAAAAAUUUCAAAAAAAAAACAAUAUCGUGAAAUCGUAAUGAAAAACUAGCCGUGGUAGAUGCUGCCGUGUUUGUAUAUGCAUAAUAUGUAUAACUGCUACUGCUGCCGCUAAAUUUGCUGCUGCUGCUGUUGCAAUAUUCACGUGCACUGUUCACUGCCACUGCAGUUCGUGUUAUCAUCGUAUAUAAAUAUAUAUGUAUACACGUAUGUAUGUAUAUACUUAUAUACAUGACGCUCGGAUGUUGCGAAAGAUUUAAGCAAUGUAAUGUCUUUAAUGUAUGAAAAUUUAGUCUUUUGUUUAUGAAUGAAUAUUUAACGGACGAUUGAUGUAUUUUUACAUUACAUUAGGUUAAAACACUAAAAAAUUUACUGAAUAAAUGAAUGAGUUUUAUUUCCAUUUAAUAAAUAAUUAAAUAUUCAAAUAUGAUAAUAAUUGUACGUCUGAUUGAUAGCAAAUGAAAUAUUGUUAUCAAAAAUCUAAGAGUAGUAUAUUUGAAUGUUGCAGUUGCAGUUUGAAAUCGUAUGUAUGGAAUAAAUUUACACAAAUUUAUUCGCUAGAUAAAUUUUUCGUUUCAAUUCGUAUUAUUCCACAAUAAUAUCGUGUGAGACAAUCCCUUUGAAAAAAAUAAACCCAAAUACGAUCUUCAAAUGGGAAAGAAAUGUAUGCUGGGUGGAUUGAUUCUUUCGGAAAUUGAUGGGAUUCAUAUUACUUGGUGCUUUAGAUUGAUGCACGUCGUUCAUAAAAAUUGAAAAGUUAUCAAAAAUCUCGUAUAGAAUUUCAAAAUAAUCAUGAUAAUGUGUCACUGUAAACCGUCUAUUGAACAUGAUACUUUUUGAAUAAUUUUUCAAAAAUUUAUUUUGCAAUUAUUAGGAAAAAUCUUUCUAUUUUAUGAAACCAAUAAAAACAGUUGAUGCACAAAUUUCAAUCAUGAAUUAUUAAUCACCAUAUAUUUCUCAUUGAAAUUUAUUGUUACGUUAUUAAUGAACAAGUAGUUCAAUAAGUUAUAAAUGUAUGGUUAACAGUUGUCACAAAAAUCAUUCAUGCACUAUAUUUAUUAAUUAUAUCAUGCACUACCAAUUCAUCUGUUCUUAUUCAUAAAAUAUCUUAUAUCAAUACAUAGUCAAACUUGUAUGUAUACAUGACGUAUGUGUCUGAAAAAAUGUAACAAUUCAAUUAAUUCAAAUGUUAUUGAGAUUUACAAAAUGAAAUACAAAAAGAAUGAACGGCGCGCGGAGCGAUCGCCAUUUCAAUGCCUCAUUAGCCUCAUCUAAUGCUUUUUUAUCUGUAAAUUUACAAUUUGUGUACCAAAUGAGGAACGUUGUUUAAUCAUGUUGUUGAUGUUAUUGUUAAAGAAUGAGAUUAAAUAUUGUACAUAAUUCAAUAUAUUCAUUAUAAUUGAUAAAAUAAAUAAUUAUAUACAUAAA